AACGGAUUCAUGUAUUUUCAGUGAAUAACAAUGUUAUUAUUACACUCAUAUUUAACGAUUAUCAAUUAUUAACGUAGUUUUAAUUAAUUGCUCACUCUUUUCAACGAUGUUUGUGUUCGCAGGUGGAUAUACAUUAAAAUGAUUAAAAAUACACUGAUAUCUAAAGUGUUUCGUAGGAAACGCGUUUUUAUUGUUGCUUUGGUGUUUUGUACAGUUUACCUUUUAUAUCAGUUGUUUAUCAUCACCUCAUUAUCUUCAGCAGUGACCGAAACAGAAAAAGUCCGUGUCAGAGAGAGGAGUAAAUACCUUUAUGUCGACCCUGAUGACGAGGAGCAAGCUGCUCUAAAAGCAAAACCUAGAGUUAACCACUUUGCAAAUGAUAAAGUAAAGUCUUCUAAAAGAAAGGCAAAGUUUAAACAACCUUUAGGUAAAAUUAUUUUAGGUGUUAGUAAAUAUGAUUUUAAAUUGUACGAGGACAAAGAUUCAAAAUUUAGAUGCCUUAAAAGUGGAGAAGAAAUACCUUAUAAUCAAGUUAAUGACGAUUAUUGUGAUUGUCAAGAUGGAAGUGAUGAACCAUCAACUGAUGCGUGUCCACAAUUCAAAUUCCACUGUGUUGUAAAGACAUUUGAUGGCCAUGAAAGCAUUCCUUCAAGUAUGGUAAAUGAUGGCAUUUGUGAUUGCUGUGAUGGAAGUGACGAAUAUCUUAAUCGAACUCAUUUAUCAUCGCCUCUACUCCCCCAAAACGGAAAAUCUCAACCUUCUAACUAUAAAGGACCUUAUUUAACACCAUGUAUUUGGCGAUGUGGUUAAAAUAAUAACCAAAUUGUCUUUCUCUUUUUAAUACAUCGAUAUUUCACCAAAACAAAACAUUCAUAAACUCGACACUGGUUUUUACCUAGUUACCAUCAAAAGCUUAAAUCUUUUCUUUUCAUGUGAUGACUGAAUUAAUUUUUAAUAAAAUGUUUUUUCCAAAUUUA